GUGUUAGCAUCCAAAGUUGUGAGCAUGGCAGCUUGUAGGGGGAAGGUCAAUUCUCUGCUCUGUUUGAGCCGGAGGUUGUCUACCAACCCGCCCGGCACCCAGCAGACCUCCCAGGGCAGCCAACCCCCCGUGGCGCGGGAGAAGAGACCCUGGAAGGACCCCACUGGCAGCUCCGUGUUCCUCUUCCCAGGCCAGGGCAGCCAGUUCGUGGGCAUGGGCCGAGGACUAGUGAAGUACCCCAAAGUGAAAGAAAUGUUCUCCGUAGCACAGAAGAUUCUCGGGUACGACCUCCUGUCUUUGUGCCUGGAGGGGCCCGAGGAGGAGCUGCAGAAGACGGUCCACUGCCAGCCGGCGGUGUUUGUCACCUCCCUGGCUGCAGUGGAGAAGCUCAACCACGAAAACCCAAAGGCGAUCGAGACAUGUGUGGCAGCGGCCGGCUUUAGCGUUGGAGAGUUUGCUGCUCUCGUUUUUUCUGGUGCCAUGAACUUUUCUGAAGCUCUGUAUGCAGUGAAAGUGCGCGCAGAGGCCAUGCAGGAGGCAUCGGAGCUGGUUCCCAGUGGGAUGCUGUCCGUCAUUGGUAAACCUCAGGCUCAAUAUAAAUAUGCCUGUCUGCAGGCCAAAGAGCACUGCAGCAGUUUGGGGAUGCAGGGGCCGGUUUGCUCCGUGGCCAACUACCUGUUCCCUGACGGCAGGGUCAUCGCAGGGCACCAGCAGGCUUUGAGCUUCCUCCAGCAGAACUCAAGACGUCUGCAGUUCAUGAGGACCAAACCGCUCCCGGUCAGCGGGGCUUUCCACACCGAGCUGAUGGCAUCGGCAACUGAGCCCCUCCGAAAUGUGCUCAGGCAGGUGGAGGUGCGACGUCCCGAAAUCAGUGUGUUCUCCAACGUGGACGGCAAACGCUACAUGAGCGAGAGCCACGUGCGGAGGCAGCUGGUGAAGCAGCUGGUGUCGCCCGUCAAGUGGGAGCAGACGCUGCACGAGGUCUACGAAAGGACGCAGGGGGAGAAGUUCCCUCACACUUACGAGGUCGGGCCGGGAAAGCAGCUGGGCGCCACGCUUCAGAAGUGCAACAGGAAGGCCUUUCAAAUGUACGCUCACGUAGAAGUCACCGCGCACGAGGAGUGA